CGACCAACAAAAAUUGUAUACACGACUCCUAUUUGAGAAAAAAGAUUUAACUUACUUUGUAAUUAGUCUGUAAAAAGGAUUCAGAUUUUCAAACACUACUUGUAACUACUUUUUUUUGAUUUUUAUAAGCUGUAUCAUCCUGAUAAGUGUUUUAGAUCUUUUAAUUCAUCGUGUAGAAUGAUAAAUAACUAUUGAAAUUCUGCAAGUAAACAUACUUUCACUGUUUUAGAUAGUCAAAUAUUUUUAAAAAUGAUUCACAGUUUAUUUAUUAUAAAUCCUGCUGGGGAUGUGUUUUUAGAAAAGCAUUGGCGAAGUGUUAUUCCUAGAUCAGUAUGUGAUUAUUACUUAGAAGCUCAGAGAGCUUCGCCUAAUGAUGUCCCUCCAGUGAUAGCUGCCCCCCAUCAUUAUUUAAUUUCAAUUCAGAGAGGAGGUGUUGCCCUAGUGGCUGUUAGCAAACAAGAGGUGCCUCCUCUUUUUGUUAUUGAAUUUCUACAUAGAGUUGUGGAUACAUUCCAGGAUUACUUUUCUGAUUGCACCGAAACAAUUAUUAAGGAGAACUAUGUUGUUGUUUAUGAGCUGUUGGAUGAGAUGUUAGACAAUGGUUUUCCAUUGGCCACCGAGAGCAACAUUUUGAAGGAAUUGAUAAAACCGCCUAAUAUAUUUAGGACAAUAGCCAACACUGUGACAGGCAAAUCAAAUGUAUCAUCAAUAUUACCUGGUGGACAACUUUCUAAUGUGCCAUGGCGUAGAACAGGAGUGAAGUAUGCUAAUAACGAAGCGUACUUUGAUGUUAUUGAGGAAGUUGAUGCAAUUAUAGAUAAAAGUGGAUCUACUGUAUCUGCUGAAAUACAGGGAUAUAUUGACUGCUGUAUCAAGCUGAGUGGUAAGCCAGAUCUGACCUUGUCAUUCGUGAAUCCAAGGCUGUUUGAUGAUGUAUCUUUCCACCCUUGUGUGAGAUUUAAAAGAUGGGAGUCUGAAAGAAUAUUAUCUUUCAUACCACCGGAUGGUAACUUCAGACUGAUGUCAUAUCACAUUGGUUCACAAAGUGUUGUGGCAAUUCCUAUCUAUGUGAGACAUAAUCUAUCAUUACGAACCAAUGGGGACCAAGGACGAUUUGACAUGACUGUUGGUCCUAAACAAACCAUGGGCAGGACCUUGGAAAAUGUAGCCUUAGAGAUCUGUAUGCCAAAAUGUGUUCUCAACUGUUCACUAACUGCUAAUCAAGGAAAAUAUUCAUAUGAUCCGGUUAGUAAAGUAUUGUUGUGGGACAUUGGACGUAUUGAACUACCGAAGUUGCCGAACAUACGAGGAACUGUGUCCCUAGCAUCAGGAUCUGAUACCUCUGGCGCUAAUCCCAGUAUCAACGUUCACUUUACUAUACCCCAAUUAGCGGUGAGCGGUUUGAGAGUCAGUCGGCUUGAUAUGUACGGCGCUAAAUACAAGCCGUUCAAAGGUGUCAAAUAUGUCACCAAGGCUGGCAAGUUCCAUGUUAGAAUGUAAACUUACAAAUAUAUCUGAAGCAUAGAGUUAGCCUUAAUUUUAAGUGACGUAUUGAAUACAUUUUUAUAUAUCCCUUAUGUUGUAAUAUGAGUAAUUUAUCUGUAAAUACUGAGAACAAAAAAAAACCUUAAAAAUAAAUAAAUUACUAUAAAGAAGUAUUUCUUUGUCUGAAGGUGAACGAUAUGUCUUUUUGAAUAAACUUACUUUUAAAUGGAAUACCAGGAAACUGCUUGCUUUUAGUUGCACAUUUAUUUCGAUUAUUGGCUCUAACAUCUAAUGUCACAUUCCAUGGCUACCUAUAAUAAUACAUAAUAAUAUAGUGUCCUAAUAUGAGCCAAAAAUGAAAUAUAUUGAUCGUUGAGUAUUGAUAUACGUUAUGCAUGUUGCGUAGAUCAGUACCUGAGUGAAUACUUUAUAAAAAAAAUAGUAAUAAUUGUAAUAUUUUCUUAUAAUACUAGUAUUGUAAGAAAAUAUUACAAGAUAAAGUUUCACCUUGUGUCUAUCGAGGACUUAAAAGUAACGGCUAAUUUUAAUGCUUUAGUUAGUUUCCCAGGGCGCUAUAGAUUAAGUGACAAAUGACAUUUGAAUUUUGAAAUGACAGCCAAGUGUAUGGGAAAAUUAAAAUGUUAUCUAACUUUUUAUUCUUGUUAAAAUAUUUUAGUUACAUUUUUUUUAUAUAAAAAUAAGGCCCGUGCAAUCAGAAACAAAUUUUUUUAUUGUACGAAAAAUUUGUUGAGUUUUGAUUUUAUUUCAAAAUAAGUAUAUUAAAAUGAUAAACAUUUAUGUACACUUUUUUAUUAUAUAUGUAAAGCAUGA